AAGGAGUACUGAAACAGUACCGCAUUUAGUACGAAAAAUACACGGAUACAGCACCGAUUGCUUUCCUACUGAAAUACCACCGAAAAAGCGACGCAUUUAUAAUAAAAAAGCGCCGAAACAGCACUAAAGAGAUACUAAACUUUUUGAUUUUGUAUGUGAUGCUGUUUUGGUGCUAUAAUAGUAUGUUUUUUGGCGAGGCGCUGUGUGAGGGCUCUUUCGGAUCUUUUUUAAUGUGGUGCUAGUUUGGAGUUGUUUUAGAGUUUCAAAAGAUAUUUGGAGGGGAUUCGGUGGUGUUAUAAUUCCUUUUAUCUUUACUCGGGUACACAACACAUUUUCUGUAACAUUUUCUUGAUUAUCGUUUAAUGUUACAGUAUUCUUCACAGAGCUUUUAGUAAGCUGACGCGCCUUCUAGCUCUGUAAUUGUUUAAUAGCUUAUUUGUAACGCAUAAAAUACAGAUUAAUCAGUUGAGUAAGUCAAUUUUAUUAAAAAAAAUCAUGUUUAAACCCCUGCUUCAAAAACUCGAUGGAAUGAGAAUAAUUCUCGCGACGAGUUCAAAACAGCGAACUAAAGUAUUACAGGAUACGGGGCUAAAAUUUGAAAUCGUUCCAUCAAAUUUUAAAGAAGAUUUAAAUCCCAGCGAAUUCUCCAUUUCUGAUUUUGUUGAACAAACCGCGUUGGGAAAAGUUCGAGAUGUCUAUGAAAAGCUCAAGCUCGAAAUUCCAAAACCUGACAUUAUAAUUGGAGUAGAUACAGUAAUAUCGUUUAAUGGAAAAGUUUAUGGAAAACCAAAAGGCAGAGAGGAUGCACUUGACCUAGUAACAAAACUGACUACCAUAAAUAUACCUCACAUGGUUUACUCAGGUGUGGUAAUUUUUUAUCGGGAUAAUUUCUUCAAAUUUACAGAAGUAACAACAGUAUAUAUGGGAAGACUUUCAGAACAGGAAAUUGAAGCCUACAUUAAUACUGGAGAGCCUUAUGGGAAAGCUGGCGGCUACGCAAUCCAAGGACUGGGGAGCUCUUUUGUUGAAAGAAUUGACGGUGAUUACAAUAACGUUAUCGGAUUGCCUCUCUAUAGAUUGACGCAGAAAUUGAAAGAAAUCAUGGAAGUUUAACUUUUUUACGUAACAUGUAAAUUGUAAAUAAAUAAAAGUACCACAGUUUUUAAU